GUAGAAUAGAAUAGACGACGAUCAAUUACGCCGUCAACAAUGUCAGAAGCCGGAGAGGAGAAAUCGGACGGUCUGGAGAUCAUAUCAAUCGGCAAGCUUUAUAGUGGUUCUUGGGAAAAGAAGUACUGGAGCUGCUCUAGGGGUAAAGAUCGUUAUCCUUAUCCAGUUGGAUUUAAAGCUGUUCGGACACAAAAUGGGAUCAAAUACAGGAUGGAAAUUUGUGAAGGUGUCAAAGGGCCGCUAUUUAAGAUUGGUUCUACUGAUGGACUGUCAUGCUCCGGUCAAACUCCAGAUAUUGCAUGGGAGAGUUUUCAGAAAAAAAGAAGCUCUCGUGUAAAGUUUUUGCAUGGGAAGAGAUUCUCAUGCAAGAUUGAUGGCAUGGAGUUUUUUGGGUUCAAGAAUGCAUCCGUCCAAAGGUUACUGAGGGAAUUAAUGGCAAAUGCUGGAGGCAUUGUAGAACAAAAUUUGCUUCCAUCUGAAUUUUGCUCUGAGGCUUCUGAGACAAGAAUUCCAAUUCAGCUAACUCAUUUCAGUUUGGAUCAUGAUAUGCUAUUGGGAAAACCACAGGUCACGGGGAAGAGAAGCAGGAAAGAGAAAAUGAUCAAAGCUACAUCGCAGAGUGUGACAGAUCUUAAAAGAAUUCGACCUCAAAAUGGGGAACAUGAUGUUGUUGCUUCAAGUAAUGGGCUGACGGGUCAAGAGGAUUGUAGUGACAGGCUUCACUUGAUAAUUCCUACUUUGAAAGAACAUCAUCUGAGCAAGAGUGCAAGAGAUUUCCAGAGAUCAACAAACUUGGACCCCGUGAUUGAGGAAGAACUUGUAGCUUCAGUACAAGAUCAUCGACUGUUGAAUUCUUUUGAUUUAUCUGAUGAUCUGAAAGUUGAUGGUCACAUUCCACUUGAACAAAGCAAGCCUAUUAGCUCUGGAAUUUCUACAACCAUUGGAGAAGAGGGCAACUUGCCUGAAGACAAAGAACAUCUUGACAGAUCAAAAGUUUCAGCUGGACUCCAGUUUAAUUGCUCCAUAGGAGAAGAUGAAGAAAGGGAGAGAAUAUGUCCUAAAACAAUCCAUGAUGCUGAACUUUGUGUGCCUAAUACAUUAGAUCACCCGCCAGAUGAUUUGUCUAAUUCUUUUGCCCAUCAAGUUAAAAAAGAAGUACCGACAAAAUAUUCCCCCAAGUUGGACAAUGCAAUUGCCACUGACAAGGCCAUUCUUGAGGAUUUAGCAACAGAGUCUGAGUCACUUCGAGAAGAUGAGAUUAGCACAUCUAAUUCAAAUGUCAGUUCCGGGAAAGGUGAUUUAGAUUCAGUUGGUCAGGAUAUUGCCAAAUCAAUGAUGACAGUCCUGCUUCCUCGAGCCCUUCCUCUGCUCAACACAUUUUCAAGAAAGAAAAAGAAAAAUCUUAAGCCUUCAGAAAUGUCUGCCAUUGUAACCACGUCUGAAAAUGAAAAGAUUGACAGAAUAGCUAUUCCUGUCAGAGAGCUUCCAGAAACUGCAGAAUUGGACCAGAAUAAGGAGGACCAAAUUUCUUCUAGGAAUCUAGAAUAUGAUGGUCGUAUGAAAUCUGUUGUUCCUGAUAGCUUCGAUGACAGUGGAAGUGGAGAUCUUCUGAUAGAUAAUCUGCGCCUUCUUGAGACUGCAGAUAGGAAAACAAGUCCUCACUGCAACAGAGAAUUGGCUUUGAAUCAUGGGAUUGAUAUCUGCAAUGACUCAACAUCUAAAGCUUCUUUAGGAUCCACAUUUCCCAGUAAAAAUGAUGCCUUCACAAGCUUCAGUGAGAAGUCUUUGUGUAUUCAAAAACAGACUAUGAAGGACGACACCAAGACUUGUCCUGAUUAUAGUGAAGACAUUCUUGAUUUAACUACGUCAUUUUUAGACCAAGAACUUGCUGAUCUUGAUAUUCCCACAUCGAAUUCGCUGAUCCAGAGGGUGAAUUCUGAUAAUGUGGCACAAAAGCAUGAAGCCAAAGAUUGUUCAAAAAUGAAUAAUAAUGCAACUUCCCUCCUUAAUGCCAAGCUGGAAGAGGUUCUCAAGCUUGUUGGCUGCUAUAUCCACCCGAUGCCAGUUUUAUCUGUGCUAUUGAGAAUGGUAGGGAAGGAAAUCUAUAUAUGUGCGCUUUGUGGCUCCCUUGCACAAGAGGACAAGAUUCUCUUUGUCUACAGUACUCCAGUUACUGGAGAAAAGACAGGAUCCCCUUCUUUUGUUGGUCAUGCAUCAGUUAUCUUGGAUGAUGCCUUUGGGAGAAAUAUUGCUGUGGAUAAUUCUUGUUUGCAUUUCACUCCAGAUGGACAAUCUCUUGUUCUACUGAAUAGCAUAAAAGUGCCCUGCUGCAGGGAGGGUAACAUUCAUUGUCCUUGCCAGUUAUGUACUUCAGAUUGUUUUGAAAAGAAUGCAGUAAAAAUUGUGCAUAUAAGAGUUGGCUAUGUCUCAGUGAUCAACAAACUUAAAACUGCUCAAACUGUAUGCUGUAUACUAGUUUGUGAGCCUAAUCAUCUUGUUGCUGCUGAAGAGAGUGGGAAGCUCUGCCUUUGGGUCAUGGACUCAACAUGGAGUUCGCAGUUGGAGGAAUGUCAUUUACCUGUGGCAGAUAACUGGCCGCCUUCUCCUGUUGAACUGAAGAAACUUCCAAAAUCUGCUUCUUUAAUUAUUGGUCAUAACGGAUUUGGCGAGUUUAGCAUAUGGGAUAUUAAAAAACAGAUUCUCGUAUUGAAGUUUUCUGGUCCGAGCACUACAAUCUCUAAAUGCAUUCCAAUUAGCUUCUUUCAGUGGCAAAGAAAAGGCAAUGUUCCCCCUUACUACAACCAGGAAGAGCUUAUCAACGAGGUUCUAAAUGCAACAGAAAUGUGGUUCUCUGGAGAAGAUAGCGAACUGGUCCGACCAAUAGAGGCUGAAGAUCUGGCCAUCUGGCUUCUUGUCUCAACUGUGUCAUGUCUUGACUUCCAACCUAGCUAUAAAUCAGGUGAUUGGCAGAUGGACUCAGUUGGAUCUUGGAAGCUUGCUCUCCUGGUUAAAAACACAGUGGUGAUGGGAAGUGCAUUGGAUCUUAGGGGUGUUGCAGCUGGUGCAUCACUUGGUCAUGGAAUUAUUGGUAGAUCUGAUGGGCUAGUUUACAUGUGGGAACUUUCUACAGGAAUUAAAGUUGGUAAUCUACAUCAGUUCAAAGGUAGCGGAGUGUCAUGUAUAGCAACUGAUAUGUCAAAACCUGGAGCUUUGGCUGUUGCAAGCGAUGGAGGUGAAUUGCUAGUAUAUGUGUACCUGUGAAGGGCUUCUGCCGAUUGGCGGAUGCAGCUUUAAAAUGAAGAGCCAGUCAUUAACCUUUCCUGCUCCAGAUUUAAUCUUUAUCAUCUUAGAAACAAAAUCAAUCAGAAAUUAUGAUGUCUGAAGCCUGAACUCAGUCUAGAAGUAUACAUGAAAUAAGUGUAGCAAAUUUGGAAGUUCAGAAUUUUUCUUCUUAUCCUCCAA